CUUGCGUCAUUGGGGAACUUUAUUUUGAAAUUUCUGAUGACCGGAAGACUUAUUUGUCAUCGAGCGCAGACAAAUUAGCCAAGCUAGCAAAUUCAUGUGUUAACUAAUACAGAAGGGAGGAUGAGCAGCUCAGAGGAGGUGUCCUGGAUAUCCUGGUUCUGUGGACUGAGGGGAAAUGAGUUCUUCUGUGAGGUUGAUGAGGACUACAUACAGGACAAAUUUAACCUGACGGGUUUAAAUGAGCAGGUGCCUCACUAUCGCCAGGCUCUGGACAUGAUUCUGGACCUGGAGCCAGAUGAGGAACUUGAAGAUAACCCGAACCAGAGUGACUUGAUAGAGCAGGCAGCAGAGAUGCUCUACGGGCUUAUACACGCACGUUACAUCCUCACUAACAGAGGCAUUGCACAGAUGCUGGAAAAGUAUCAGCAAGGGGAUUUUGGCUAUUGCCCCAGAGUCUAUUGUGAGAAUCAGCCAAUGCUUCCUAUUGGUUUGUCAGACAUCCCAGGAGAAGCAAUGGUGAAGCUUUAUUGCCCAAAGUGCAUGGACGUGUACACCCCUAAAUCCUCCAGACACCACCACACAGAUGGAGCCUAUUUUGGAACAGGGUUCCCCCACAUGCUGUUCAUGGUGCACCCAGAGUAUCGUCCAAAGCGACCAGCCAACCAGUUUGUGCCAAGGCUAUAUGGUUUCAAGAUUCACCCAAUGGCUUAUCAGCUUCAACUUCAGGCUGCAUCAAGUUUCAAGAGCCCCGUCAAGACAAUUCGCUAGAACUCCGGUUUGACAAAGAUCGUGGACUCAAAGACUUUGUAGUUUACUACUUGUUUGAAGCAAUGGAUUAUAUAUUCCCAAUAAAUGCCAGUACAAUUCUCCAAACUCACCUCUGUGUUGAGACACUUUCAGAUUUAUCCAUUAUCUUUCAUUUAGUGAAACUAUUUUUCUGUAUUAAACAUAUUAUCAUUCCCUUAA